GACAAUGUAAAUACUGAUCGGCAAUUCUUGAUCCCAUUAGUUACGUGGCAGAAUAUUAUUGGUUAUAAACCUUUCACGCGGAUUGCUAAACUUAACAUCUAUACCGUCCAUUUAGUUAAUCCAACGGAGGAGGAUCGGCUAUAGAGUACUAUAUAUACUCCACCUAAAGCCCUCGAAACGUGUGCACAUCUUCUCCCUUCCCUCUCAGAUCUCUCCUCCCUCAGAAAAUGUCGACCGUCCCCAUUCCCACUCCUCAGAAGUUGAAACAGUUGGUCGGAAGUGAAGCCACGAGGGAACUUAACCUCAAAACCCUGAGGACGGCGCUCAAGAACGCGAAGAAAAAAACCUCCGCUGCAAAAACGGAUGUAUCUCGGCUCCAUGAACGCUUCAAGGUCGUUGGUGCGGUGUUUACACGAGAUGAGUACGUCGAUAUUGGUGAGGAAUUCGAAACCCUGAUCGUUAAGCAGAUGAAAGCCGAUGAGGAAUUGAAGGCGGCCAACGAGCGGGUUUUUGUCGAGGAAGGAUUGAAAAAACAGGAUCAGUUGGCCAUAUUGGAGGAGGUGGCUGCUCUCCGACGGGCUCCUGCUGUAGCUGUUGCAAAUGUCUCAGAUGCUGCCUUCCUGUGGAUAAAGCAUGUUGUUGUUGCAAGGCUGGUGAUGGCGCCCGGGAGUGACCCCGACGAAGUUGAAGCCGUGAGGGAUUUCUGCAGGAUUAAAAAUUGGAAUGCCAUGGGAGAUGUUCAGUGAUUGUAGGGCUCUACACUUGCGUGUCGGAGCUAUAGAGUAAGAAACAACCAGAUGUGACGAGGCUUUUGCUGAGUGUGAGGUGCUGGGAUAUUGCUAGCUUCCUUCUACUGUGUGUGUCAAGUACCCUACUCGUCCUGCUAACGCUAGCUUCCUUCGUUGGUUUUUUAGUUUGUGAUUUUGUUGUUCAUUGCUGGUGCCUAUGGACAGGUACAGUCCUGUUUAGAAUUGGUGUUUGAUUAUGACCAACAGAUGUGAAAAGGGGUAAAUUUUCGUUGGUGUCUUAUACACUAUAUAGUUUUCUGAUGGAUUCUUGAUUUCUUCACCUUUAGUGAUUGUGGACCUGAUUGACCAA